GUGCAUGUCGCGGCGGACGCGCGUCGUCGAUCGUUGCCCGUCGAACGCUCGUUCGAGCGGACCCUUUUGUCUCGUGUCCCUGCACGCGUCGCUGACAUAUAUUUGCGAGACGAUAGCAUUGUUGAAACACUCGCUCGCUCACGCCCCGCGAUGGGAAAUAUAAUCGUCCGUUGAACGACGGCCCGCGAACACUUUAAUUAUUCGACCUUAAUUCUUGCGCAGAGCCGACGAUGCUCAAUUUCCAUCCAGCAUUCGACGGAUUAUAAACGGUUUCGCGGUAAAUGCGCGCUUCUUGGAAGAUUAAAAAGGACGUGCGUACCGGAUACGUUGAAAGCGUGUAUUAUGUUUUUUUUUCUGAUGAAAGAUAAGCAUUCUGAUAUGCAGUGAUGAAUAACAGUUUGCCGUGGAGGAUAUGUUUAUCACCUAUGGUUUCAGGAGGAGAGAUUGAAUGAAGAUUUAUAUAAUCGUUUUCUAUAUGCAAAGCAAAAUAUAUUGCGACUGAAUUGUUCCGCUGCAUCUGUUUUAUAAGUGAAUGUAUCAAUGCCAUCACGUAUAAUUUGUCACGCAUUGAUAAAUGGACCAUAAUUAGUAAUACAAGAUCCAGAUCUCUAAGUUGAAACUUAUGUUGCAAGUAACAAAGAUCCAUUUGUACCAAUAGGAUACCAAUGAGGAUUUGAUGCUACCAAUCUCUCGUGAUUAAAGAUAGAUAGAAGAGGAAAACUGCGUGCCAUGAUUAUCUCUUUUUGUAACAAGUGACCUUGAUGUGUAAGCUUCAAAAAUGGCUUCGAAGAAUUUAUCAUCUUAUCAAAACAUCCUGUUUGCCAGAAGGCAAUAAUAAACUAUUGUUCAUCGUGCAUUUUUACGAGCAAAAAUGAGCAUGAUCAAGAUCAUAAUACAUACUAAAGUAUUUAUAGCGCUAUUGAGUUGAGUCGCAAUUUAUAUUAGAUAUCAUGGUGCAGCAGCGGCUUCCCAGUUUUGAUGUUUUGUAUUCAGGUGGUCGCAGUGGUCGGCGGUUUAUAUUAACACUGGCUGCUGGAAUGGUCUUUGGUUUUCUGUCGGCAUGUCUGCUCAUUACGUCCACGAGAGACGUGCCUCACAUGUUCAGUUGGAUACCAGGUAAUACUGCCCUAUCUAGAGACCCUCAUCAUUACUCGGAGUUGGAAUCGGAGAUUGGUCCUGAAACAGAAGUGAAAUUUCACGGUGAGGAUGAAGAUUUUCACAAGGGGGAAGACAAGAUAGCCCAGGAUAUGGCAAGAAAAGUUCGUGUACUGUGUUGGAUCAUGACUGGUCCGAAGAAUCAUCAGAGCAAGGCCCGUCACGUGAAGGCAACGUGGGGCAAACGCUGUAACAUACUUUUGUUCAUGAGUUCCGCGGAAGACGCUAGUUUACCUACUGUAGUGUUGCCAGUAAAAGAGGGUAGAGAUAACUUGUGGGCUAAGACCAAAGAAGCGUUCAAAUAUGCUUAUGAAAAGUACAAAGACAAAGCAGAUUGGUUCAUGAAGGCGGAUGACGACACAUACGUGGUAGUGGAAAAUCUGCGGUACAUGCUAUCGUCCUACAAUCCAAAUUCGUCGCUGUACUUCGGAUGCAGAUUCAAGCCUUUCGUGAAACAAGGCUACAUGAGCGGCGGUGCGGGAUACGUACUUAGUAAAGAGGGUUUACGUAAAUUCGUGGAGGAGGGCUUACCUGACAAGACCAAGUGCCGACCGGAUAACGGCGGUGCGGAAGACGUGGAGAUCGGGAAAUGCCUCGAGAGAGUCGGCGUACGCGCGAUGGACACUAGAGAUCCUCACGGUCGGGGUAGAUUCUUCCCAUUCGUGCCGGAGCAUCAUUUGAUACCCAAUCACGUGGACAAGAACUUCUGGUACUGGAAGUACAUCUACUACGAGACGAAGGACGGCUUGAACUGCUGUUCGGACAGUGCCGUUUCGUUUCACUAUGUGUCGCCGAACAUGAUGUACGUUCUCGAGUAUCUGAUUUAUCACUUGAGGCCGUACGGGAUUAAUCACGGCCUGGAAAAAUCCUCGUCGGACCGUGCGUCAACGUUGACCGAAUACUAGUCCUUACACUGUCGUAAAUAGAGCGUAAGAUUCUGUAAUUCUUGUUUUGUACACGAUACUAGUCCACUCGAGCCAACGAUGCGAGCAUAAAACACUCUCAGAAGAGAAAAAGUGUGAUAUAUCGUACUUCUUAGAUAAAUCUAUACGUAUCUCUAUGUUAAUAUGUAAUAAGGGUGCUACAGCCAUAAAGGAGUAGAAGGAGAAGGAGAUAUAUAUUCUGCAAGCACAAUAGAUAUAGAAUGACCUCUCGCGACUACGUUCGCGAUUCUAUCGGUUGGAGCGUCGAGUUGCGUCGCAUUUUGAACUUGUUAAGAUUGUAUCGGAUGUGAUAAUGAUUUCAUUUAGCACAUAAGUGUACUCAAAUAAGAUCUAAUUGCAGAAUAAAUCUUAUAUUUUACUGCCGUGAAGUACGUAAAAAAUAAGUUUAUCUAUCCUUCGUUUCUUUUUUAAAAAAUGCCUUUUUAUAUAUAUAUAUAUUUUAUAUAUACGCGGCACCUGUGCUUUUAAAUAGUUAUUUAAAUAGCGUUGAAUUUCAUGACUGCGCAAAA